AUGUCCAUAUCUCUCCAGGUUAGCCUGCUAAGUGGAAGAACCAUUUGCUUGGAUGCUGAGCUGGGAGAGUCACUACAGUCAUUGAGCGAGCGCGCACAGGUUGCGCUGGCUUCAAGGAGGGGAAGCUUUCUGAAUGCUGAAGGGAAGCUGCUACAUGGAGCAUCCACUGUCGAGGAUUGCUCUUUGAAGGAUGGCGAUGUACUGACAUUUCAUAUCGGGCAGAUAGAGGUCUUCAUGUCACGAGGUCUACCAGCUGCAGCUUCCAUCUUGAGCGACGGAUCGUUAUUAGCCUGGGGGGAAGCCGACAGCGGAGGCGACUGUAGCUUUCUUACAGAUCAGCUGAAGAACGUUCGGAAGAUUCAAGGCUCUCACAGCGCGUUUGCAGCUCUUCUCGCCGAUAGCUCCGUCGUGACCUGGGGUGACAAGCGCUGUGGGGGUGAUAGCAGCGCUGUCCAGCACAAGCUGCAAAAAGUAGAGCACAUCCAAGCGUCGAACGCUUCCUUUGCCGCGCUUCUGAGUGACGGAUCGGUGGUGACCUGGGGUGAUGCAACUGGUGGCGGGGACAGCAGCAGUGUUCAUGACCAGCUGAAGAGUGCGGAGAAGAUCCAAGCCUCUGGCGGUGCUUUUGCAGCCCUCCGAAGGGAUGGAUCGGUAGUGACCUGGGGAGCUCCCUGGUGUGGUGGCGAUUGCAACUCUGUGCAGCCUCGUCUCUGUGGCGUGCAGCACAUUCAGGCUACCGGAAUGGCCUUCGCGGCAAUCCUUGCCGAUAGAUCGGUGGUUGCCUGGGGUGAUGCGAGCUCAGGUGGCGACUGCAGUGCUGUUCAGCACAAGCUGAAGGACGUGCAGCAGAUUCAAGCCAGUGGCGAUGCCUUCGCUGCAAUUCUUGGUGAUGGGUCCGUCGUCACUUGGGGCACCACCAGCUUUAUCUCGGAGCCUGUGCCAGAUGACCUGAAGAACGUCCAGCAGAUCCAGGCUGCAUACAAUGCUUUUGCUGCCAUCCUGGAGGAUGGAUCUGUGGUGACCUGGGGAGAUCCGCGAGCAGGCGGAUCUUGCUAUGGUGUGCGCGAUCAACUGAAGGACGUGCGAUCGGUACAAGCCACUCAUGCAGCGUUUGCAGCUCUCCGUGCCGACGGCUCUGUCGUAACCUGGGGCGAUCCUGGUUCUGGCGGAGACAGCACCGAAGCUCCAAGAUCCUGGUCAGGGUUUCGGGUUUAG